CUCCCGUAGAGCGAUUUGGUAUAUCGUUGAAUUUACCACGCGCAUCUUUUCGUUUCGUGCGGCCAUCAUCAUCCCGUGCUUUGGGUCCAUCCCUUCGCUCACCACCUCCACAUUUUACCGCAAUGCAUCACACAGCCUCAGUCUGACUGAGCACAACGCCAGCAGAACGUCAGGCGCGACGCUCAGCUCAUCUCAGCGAGGGGUGCUCGGAAAACACUAGUGCGCAUUUACGGAGGCGUUUCACGUUUGGCUCCAUAGCCAGGGCAGGGUGAUGACAGCCCGUCCCGUCAUGUUGUCUCGAUCUACAGACGUAGACUAGCUCAAACAUUUGAGACCGACAAGUUCGUUUCCCCUUCUGCCUUGGACAGCUGGGAUGUCAGAUGCCAAAUGCUGAGCUAUUCAGUGGUGGAAUACUCUCCGGAAACGAAGUGAGGAUUUUUUCUUUUUUUGGAAAAGGGGAAGACUGUGGGAACGGGGAGGAGGCCGUUUGUGAAGGGCAGGACCAGCGAAGACAGUAUGUGAGCUCGUGAAUUGAUAAUGUAUUAUUGCAGAAAAGAGCCCAAUAGAGGUCACACAACAGCAUCUUUAUUCAUUCAGUCAUAUUCGUAGAUGCUUUACAAGUCUCUACAUCGGAUGGGAGACUAGUGCUAAUCGUUGCGGUGACUCAUGCAAUUUAUUUAGGCUACUACGUAUUUAAUAGGCCUACGUUUCCAUAUUGGAGAGAUGUUGGGUUCAUGCGACUGUGAAAAGCACCAUAUUUUAGUGGGACGAGAUUGUGAGUAACCGUUUGUAUUUACACUACUCGCCAUUUGUUGUCGAGGCGGGAUAGGCCCAGUUGCAUGCCUGUAGUCAGAUAAUUGAUGGUACAAAGGGGAACUAUCAGUCCUGGGUUAAGUUCACUCAGGAAAUGUAAUUCUCAGGGUAGAUGUUUGGGAGAUUUUUUGCACACCCAAGUCUGAAACAAAUGUGCAGUUUAUGUCGAGUGUGACGAGGGGGGUAGUUUGUUGUUGUGUGAGAAGUGGAAUGAAGUGAUUGAAUGAAGAAAAAAACCUACAGUAAGCAAUACCAGUGUUUGGCGUUAACAGGAGGUCUGUGAGCAUUAAACAAUUGAGCCAAAAACAUACUGUAAAUUACAAAAGCACUUUACCUUUGUAAGGUAGGCCUUCAUUUAAUUUUGCACUUAUCCCAUCAAUCCCAAAGCAACCUAUAGCAUGGUAUGAGCUAACAUUUUUAACAGCAAAUCAUUUUCACUUUUAUUUUCCUGCAUUCAACUGAGCUCAGAAAGUCUUCCUGAAGAAAGCAGAGUGUUUUAUCAGUUUUUGUAGUGCUUAAAUCCUUGCCCAUCACAAUCUUUUCAAAAGCACCAGUGGUCACACAGCAUCAAGUGGACUACAGUAAAGAGAACUAUCUUGUAUUUUUGUUUUUUGUUAUUGUAAGAUAUUGUCUUGGUGCAGCUUUGGCACAAUAAGGAACAUCUUUUUUUUGUACGUCUUUUACAUCACUGUGCUACUGCUGAUACCAAGGCCUCUUUGCCAUUGACAAAGGCCGGACGGAGAUUGUUUUGGAUUAAAUACUUGCAAAAGUACAAGACCUGACCAAGGAGGCCUAAGUCAUCUUCCUCAUCAGUAGAAGAAGUGCAUCUGUAAACUGGACUCUGCCAAGUGAAAAAUGACUCCAGGGCGUGUUUUGGUCUUGGCCCUGUUGUGUGCUGCCUAUGUCUCCCUGGUCAAUGGGGCUUGUGCAGAGGUGGAGUCGGAUACGGAUGCGGUGGCCGGGCAGGGCUUCAAGCUGGGCUGCAUCUCUUGCAAAAUGAGGAUGGAAGUGGAAGCCAGCGCCACUGUCGACUGGUUCUUCAGGUCUAAGGGGGAGCCAGAGUUUGUUCCUAUAUUCACUUAUGAUGGCGGGCAAUCGCUGAUUAAAGACGAGCGUUACGAUGAUCGUCUGGAGUGGAUCGGGAGUGUGAACACGCCCGACGUGCAGGAUGCGUCCCUCUACAUCAACAACGUCACCUUCAACGACUCGGGAACCUACCGGUGCCGCUUCAACCGUGUGCUGGAGUACGAGCAUUACACAUACGAGCACGAGGUGGACAAGUACGUCAAGCUCGUCGUCAUGGCGAAAGCCUUACGCAGCACGGCAUCCGUCGUGUCGGAGGUGAUGAUGUACGUCUCCAUCAUCGGUCUGCAGGUCUGGCUGGCGGUGGAGAUGGUCUACUGUUACAGGAAGAUCAUGGCUCAUGGAGAGGAGGCGUUACGAGCUAGCGCGGAAGAAUAUUUAGCAAUAGCUUCGGAAAGUAAAGACAACUGUGCGGGCGUGCAAGUAGCGGAAUAACACAGGGCCAUCUCCAAUUAGUUUUGUGUCAUCUCUCCAUGAACUGGAUUUCUUAUCAACUUGGUUACCUGUGCAUGGAAAACAUUGUGAAGAUGCAUCCUCCCUCAGAUUUCUCAGAUUUUUGUAAUACUUUGGUCUUCUAAGAGAUACUAUUUCCAAAAGAAGGAAUUCCUUGCAUGAUUGCAAUGAGCCCACUAGCAUGUGACACACCAUGUAGCUAAGCUGAUUGAUAGCCAUAACAAUCCUCAACCUGAAAAUGAACUGUGAAAUGGGAAUCUUGCAUCGCAAUGCAAUGUUGCUAUAAGGACUAUUUGUCAUCGGAAUUGCACUGAAGUGCAAGAUCUCGCUUUGAUAGCAAAGUAACACAAUGUAUUAUUAUUUCCAUCCAAAGGGUGGGAGGCCGUAUAACGAAUUUACACCAAAAUCCAUAUGUAUGUAUGUAUGCUUCUGAAUGUUCCUUGAUUAUAGCAAUUAGCCUUUCUGAGCCUAAAGUAUGAUCCUUGGAUUAUGACACCACUUCAUCUUUAGCACACGACAAGCAAACUUGCGCACAUUGUCAACAUAUUGUGUAAAUACCCGAAAAUGUCACUUUAACACUAUUGGUUUUCUACACUUGUCAGGGGUGCAUUUCUCGAAAGUGUUGUUGCUAACUACGUUAGCAACUUUGUUGGUUGCAAUGCAAUUACCCAUUGGCAACUACCCAAGUUGCUAACCGGCUAACAACUACGCUUUUGAGAAACAACGCCAGCGCCAGCAACACGUUGAUGUGAACAGUUAUGAAAAUGUGAAAUGAUAUGGAAUAAAAAGGGAAGACUUUAACAAAAAAGGGAAGUAGAAAAAAAAUUAGUGUUUCCUGUAUGAAAUCAUGUACACGUAAGGCAAUGUUCUUUCUCUUUGUAAUGUGUACUGUACUUAGAAUUAUGCAUUCUAUAUUACUGGGAAUCACAAAAAAAUAAUACUAAUUGUUGUUUAUAGGCACUUUAGCACCGAUUCCAGCAAUACUGCAUAUGCAUGGCCUGAGGGCAAUGAUGAAAGUACCGUAUAUCACACUAACUCUCAAUGCACAUUUUGUCCAAAUACAUGUUUUAAUAAAUAUGAAAAAAGAAACUAUGCUUGGAGAAUGUAAAGAAGACAUGUAAUCAUCCUGAUUAUAUGAAUUAUAUAGUAUAGACAGAUGAAGAUACAGGAGAUAUUUUGCAGAGAAAAUUUAAUGAGAUAUUAACUGUGUCUUACAAGCGAAUAAAAAAAACCUUCUAACAUA